GUUCUUUGGUUAUGUUUAGUUCGGUCUGUCCAAACGUACGCACGUAAGUCGGACUGUUGCAAUGACAGGAGCAUAACGUAAUCUUAUCGUAAGAGCGAAUGUUUGUUUUGAUUUGACAUAAUUGCCGUGGUAACCGCUUAUUUUGUGAGGUUAGGCCUGUGAUGUGUUGGUGCUUUUUCGUGGGACAUGGCAGUGGUUAACUUAGCCAUGUCCCCCUUGAGGAGAAGGAACUGCUUCUUGGUGUUAGCAUUCGUUGUUUUCAUCCCUUUUUGCGUCUUCGUGCUGUUUUCUGUACCAGAUGUGAACACCGAGCAAAUGCUGACGCAACGUCUGGCCGAGCUCCAGGUGAAACUCCAAUACCUGGACACCAUGUACCGAGCCAGACAAGAGGACCUACAACAGCUCACCCAACACAUAGACCAGUCCGCCCUCGCAGGCGACAACAUAUCCAUAUUCACCCUCUCCCCGCCCGAACUGAGGCCCGAGAUACGUCAAAUACUCAAAAACAUGUCGGGUAUGAACGCCGCGGCUGGCCUAAACCCCCCGAUCAAGUUGAGGCUGCCAUCCUCCUACCAUUUUCUGCCUCAUCUACUGGACGAUCCGUCUAGUUUGAGGCUGGCCUAUUUGCUAUCGAAAGGACGCAGUGGCGUAUCAGUGGUGCUCGGUGUGCCGACAGUGCGGCGCGAGAAACAGUGUUACCUGAUGGACACUUUACAGAAUCUAGUCGAGGGGAUGUCCCCCAAAGAGUCUAACGACACUCUUAUUGUUGUUCUUGUUGCAGAGACUGAUUUAGGAUACGUACUUCAAGUUGCUAAAGACAUCGAAAUGAGGUUUCCAUCACAAGUGGAAUCCGGCCUUAUUGAGGUGAUAUCACCUUCGCCAGCCUACUAUCCAAAUUUGGAUAAGUUGAAAAUUACCUUAGGAGAUCCCCCAGAGAGGGUGAGAUGGAGGUCCAAACAGAAUUUGGAUUUUGCUUUCCUGAUGUCCUACUGCCAGCCAAAAGGAACUUUCUACGUUCAACUGGAGGAUGACAUUCUAGCUAAGCCCUCCUACGUGACGGAGAUGAAGGAAUUUGCCCUAACGAAAAUCGCAAGGAAGGAACCCUGGUUUGUACUGGAUUUCUGCCGACUGGGGUUCAUUGGUAAAAUGUUCAAGAGCGCCGAGCUCCCCUGGCUGAUCCAAUUCUUCCAGAUGUUCUACAACGAUAAACCGGUUGACUGGCUGCUGUAUAGCCUGAUUUAUACCAAGUUGUGCAAUAUUGAUAAGAGCCACGAUUACUGCAAAAGGGAUAAAGCUAAACUGUGGAUUCACUAUAAGCCGUCCCUUUUCCAGCACAUAGGAACCCAUUCAUCACUGAAAGGAAAGGUUCAGAAGUUGAAGGAUAGACAGUUCGGAAAAGUACCUUUGUUUUUUCCUCACAAAAAUCCAGAAGCUGAAGUCACCACUGGAAUGAAACACUAUAAGCAGUAUACCCUGGAGAACGCCUACUUGGGAGAAAAUUUUUUCUGGGGACUUUUACCGUCGCCAGGAGAUCAACUCAUCUUCAAGUUCGUUAAUCCGACGUCAGUUAAGAGAUUCUUCUUCAGGAGCGGCAAUGUCGAACAUCCGGCAGACAAAUUCUACAAUACGACCGUCGAAGUCCUACCAUUGGAAAGCAAUCAAUAUGGCGCCAAUAUGAACGUGACUAGCGAUGGUUUCGUCAUAGUGGGAAAGUUCGACGACGUCGGAAUAGCCCAGGGAACAGUGGACGACUCCUUGGGACCGCUGCAGGCGAUGCGACUCUUCGUACACAGCGAAACAGAAAACUGGGCCAUCCUUAGCGAAAUAAAUAUCCAAGAUGAAUUUGCUAGCAGGUGACCACCGUCUUAUUCCAGUGAAUCGGUUUACCCUUUUCAUCACAAGUAUCGCUACAUGGUGGACCCAGAAUUCACACCAACAAGGUCUCUGUGAUAUCCCUUACUACUGAAGAAUCCUAAGGGACAUUAGUUAGACACUCAGCAUCCGAGAAUGAUAAAAUUGAAGCUAGGCUUUCAGCUAGCUGAUUAGUUCAUAAAUGGAGAAAACCAAAUUUGAAAGGAUAAUUUGUUGUUCCGUAUGUGAUAAGUAAAAUUAAAAUUGCACUGAACAACUUGCGGAACCAGUAAAUAUUAUAUGUAUAUUCAUUUAAAAAAGGUUAAGGAUUUUUUUUAGGAUCUGUAUAUUUUUAUAUUUUUCUGAUUCAAACUUGAAAUUCUAGUCAAUUUUUUCUUCCAAAUAAUGGUCAGAUGGUAAAGGUUUUUAUUUGUUUAUAUUAUUUAUCGAGGUUAUCAGCUCUCAAAUUUUAUUUCUUGUUAAAAUUCAUAUAGUAGGGGAAAGACACAGAAUACGAUGAUGUAAUAUUCGAAAUUAUGUUUGUCCUGAUACUUUGUUAGGGUGAUAACAAUCUACAUCAACUACAGAACUCUCCCUACAGGAACAUGAAAGUUGGUAAUAAAAAUUGAAUUAUGCAUCCUAAACCUUGAGUCUUACACAGGGUUAUGUAACGAAGUAUAGGUACUCGAAAAAUAGUGUAGAACAUUAAUUUUUGUUCAGCUAAUAUUUCCUUCCAACUUCACUUCACCGUAUAUCUUUCCGUUUAUAGUUUAACCAGUGAGCAUUCAAAUGAAGUGAGAUCUUCAAUGAGUUUCAACGAUAUAAAUCUAAUGAAAUCUAUCUUGGAACUCAGUUUGGAGGAAAUAAUGUUUCAUCGCUUUUCCCCUGUUUCAUCUAGUAGUUUUCUAAUAUGUUUAACCAUUAAUUUUCUUCCAAACGUCAACUCUCAUCAGCUUAUUUUCAGUAUUUAUGUAUAUCUGGGAGAAUGAAUCAUCAGACAUGGAAAUAUCGCUUUAGAUCUGAGGGGACCAUAACAAUAAUUCGUGGUCUUUGAAAUUAUCCUGUAAAUGACUAGAAAUACCUGUAAAUGACUACAAAUUUAUAUCACAGCUUUUCACAAAAACAACAAUAUCGAUAUCCCGACUGAAUGUACUAAACGGAAUUGUCAAUAAAAAUUACUGUAUUUUAUAUAUCUUCGACACAUGAGUGCACCCAUAUUAUGUUUCUUUUUUAAUAGAUAUAACGAAAUGAACAAUUGAGUGAUAAAUGACUAUCGAAUGACAGAUGAUGUGACAAUAUUUCGACAAUGUGGAAUUGUUAAUUAUUGUAACUAUUGAAGUGUUUUUCUCAACUGUAUGAAAAACUUUGUGUAUAUGAAAGAGGUAUUAUAAUAUUCUCUUUUAAUGUAUAAACGAUUAUUAUCCUAAAAAAUGUACAUGUAUUACCACUUAAUAUAUUUAAUACUAUAUAAUCAUUGAGUGGUUUAAAGGGGGUUUUUUAUAUUGAUGAUGGGUUUGGUCAGUUUGGUGAUAAGGGGGUGAACUUGAAUCAUUUGAAAAAUCAUAAUUUGUACAUCUAGCUACAACGAAGAGAGCAUGUAAAUAAAUAUUUUUACUCCGGUAGCACCUGUAUAUGACACAAUAUAAUUUAUCGCUCCUGCUGCCUUCUUGUUUCCAAUGUGUGAUAAUAAAGGAAUAUCUGAGGAAAGUCUGAA